UCUCCGGAACGCGAAUAUGGCGUCGGGCAGUGGAGGCAUCGAUAUGCUCUCCGUGUACAACGACGAGGAAGAGGUAGAGGGGCGGAAGGUGGUCGUGGCAGUGGGUUUGGUGGAUUCCGUCGCUGACGAUGCCGAUGGAGGUGACGGGGAUACCCCGCCCAACCCAGCAUUUGAGACUAAAGUCUCGGCCCUACUCGAUCGCCAUGAUGGCAUGGAUUGCGAAACCCUAAGGAGCCCCAUCGCCCAGAGCCCUACGCCCCCGCCGCUGCUCCCCUCACAGUUGCAGUCUUCACCCUUCCCCGCCAUCUCCCCUUCUCCUCCUCUGCGGCAUCCGUCUUCUUCUCUUUCGGAGCCUGUGGGCCUUCAGAGGAUGAGGAUGAGGGAGAGAUUUUAAGCAACGGUCGUUUCAUGCUCAGAGAGGUUCAAGUAGCCGAUGUGGUUCAAAAAGAGCCCUGAAAUUGGUCAACGCCUGUGGUGCUAAGCUGUUCCUUGGCAGCUGAACAACUACUGUGAUAAAUGGGUCCAGUGUUCUGAGUUCCAGCGCACAGGGAAACAUAUGCAAUAA